AUGUUGUCUCUCUACAUGUUCGUGAUGGCUCUUCUGGUCGUCAUCGAAUUAUCCGUAGGAAUUGCCAUCUUCGUAACCAAGUCUCGCGUACUGAGCCUGAUCACGCAGUCUCUGCGUUCUGCGGAGUCCGUGUACAGUAGCGACCACGUCGCAGCUCUCGCCUGGGAUUCCGUACAGCGUGGCUGGAGAUGCUGCGGCCUUUAUCGAUACGACGAAUGGUUCCGUUACUUGGGCAGGUCUUCUCUUCCCCGCUCUUGCUGUGUUCGCUACAGCUCCGACUGCGGUAACGACGCCGUCCAAACCGGUAACUUCUACCAGACCGGCUGUGCUAGUGCCCUAUCUCAAUGGGCUUAUAAAGCAGAAAUCACUACCGCGGUUCUCACUACGUUCCUGAUGUCGCUACAACUCCUCUCUCUGCCUUUGGCUCGACGCUACCAACGGAUUCUUCAUUAG